UCAACAGUAAAAAGGAGAUCGGUGGAAUGACUUUACGUGGGCCCUGGGAGAGCAUACGUGUUUGCACAAACGAGCGAAUUAUUAUUUUGAGGAAUGCUGUACCUGGCUGCUGCCAUCGCCGUGGUAUGGGUAGUGUCGCUUAGAGCUUUCCGAAUUGCUGCUCAAAUUGUCGCUUCGUUCAAGGACUACAGCAAUAGCCGCAGGGAUAGCUCGCUCCCACCGCCAGAGCCUCACUAGCCUUCCUGCAGCAUUGGGAGGUCACACGCAUGGGUUCCCGGACGUGGCUGAGCCGCGCUGCCCGUGGCUGAGCUGAGCUGAGUGAGGCGUGCAGGACAGGAGUGCCGCGGCCAUGGAGAAGAAGCAGCCCUUUCUAGCCCAAUUACACCAGUAGGAGCGGAGGGCGGUGAGCAGAGGGAGGGGAGGAACAUGCUCGGACCAGAGCGCUUUGUGGUGGAGGAGUGGCUCUCUGAAUUCAAGGCAUUACCUGAUGUCAACAUCCCUCGCUAUGCGGGCAGCCUCCAUCUGAAGAGGGCCCUGGUCCCAGCUCUCUACAGGGUGAUCCAGGCCCAUCCCAGCAGUGAGCUGUUGGCGCCGGUGUGCCACCAGCUGUUUGAGCUGUACCGCACGGCCGAGGAGCGUCUCCGCCGCUUCACGCUGCAGUUCCUGCCCGAGCUCAUCAGCGUGUACCUCUGCCACAUCACCAGCAGGGAGCGCUACAACACCGGCUGCGUCGAGGCGCUGCUCCUGGGCAUCUACAACCUGGAGAUAGUGGAUAAAGAGGGCAAUAGCAAGAUCCUGUCGUUUACCAUCCCCUCCCUGUCCAAGCCUUCUAUCUACCAUGAGCCAUCCAGCCUGGGGUCCAUGGCCCUCACGGAGGGAGCGUUGUGCCAGCAUGACCUGCUCAAGGUGGUCUACAGUGGCCUGCACCCCCAGAGGGAGACCUUCACAUCGCACAACAGGUUUGAGGUGCUGUGCUUCCUGAUGCUCUGCUACAACUCUGCUGUGGUCUUCAUGCCGGCCUCAUCCCACCAGUCAGCUUGCAGGAUGAGCUCCAGGUUGUGUGUGUGUGGUUACCCGCGGCAACAGAUGAAGCCAUGGAGGGAGCCGUGCCACCGUGUGCGGCUGGACCCAGAGUUCCUGGUGCAGAUGUUGACCGCUGUCUACCACGCCAUUUACAAUGGCGAGUGGGAGCUGGGGAAUGAGGCCUUGGGAGACAUCAUGUAUCGAGCUCAGCUGGACCUGUACGCCAAGCCACUACUGCUGGCUAACUCCAUGAGGCGCUCCUUGCCUCCGCAUCCUCCGCACGGAGCCCGGAAGCUCCUCCCGGUGGAGGUGACCCCGACGGGGAGGCGCGUCUCCCAGACCGCCGUGACGGCCGCCUCCAUUCGCCGGCUGCGGUGGAAGAGAGAGGGUACGGAUGCGGAUGGUGUAAGUGGCGGGGAGGACUCGUUCGACCCGGACGAGGGUUUUUCCUCGGGGGCGUCGAGCAGCAGCCAGCCCAGUGUGAAGAAGGACACUGGGGGUGCCACUCCUCGCCCCUCAGCCCGGGAACAACGCGAACGCGAGCGAGAGCGCGGCGAGCGAGAGCGCGAAGGCCCCGCGGGGAGGCUGCGCGACUUGGCGGCGGACACCAGGGCAGCUUUGCGGCGCUUCCACCACCGCCACCAGUCCCCUCCCCCUCCUGCUGCUCCUCUUCCCCUCACCACCCCCACCCCGACACCGACACCACCCCCGUCGUCGACCACACCCGCACUGUUGGUCGACACCCUCCACCCGCCCCGCAGCCCCAGCCCCCCCAAGCGCUACCUGGACCCCCGCUACGCUGCGCCCCCGUCCCCUCUCUCUUUUGGGGGGGCGCCGCUCAUCCGGACUGCCAGCACUUCCUCCAGCAAGUCCCUGGACUGCGGAGGCUUCAACGGGUCCACGGGCCCCAGCGCGUCCCUGGGCAGCCUGAGCGGCGCCGACCGCCCCCACUGCCUCUCGGCCAUCAGCCUCCAGGAGGAGCGGCUGGGGGGGCGCGUCGGGGCGCGAAGCCAGGACCGGCUCUCCGCGGCCAGCCCUUUCUCUUCGCCAAGCUCCCUCUCCAAGGAGUCCCGCUCCAGAUCCUCCAGCUUCAACAUGCAGAUCAUAUCGCAGGUGUAGCCGAGCCAAGGAGGAGGAGGACAUUCUGGGGACUACUCUACUUGUGGUUGUUGUUGUUUGUUGGAUUGUUUGUUUGUGCGUGCGCGUCUGCUGUGUUUGUGUGCGCGUGUAUGUGCGCGCGCGUGUGUUUGUUGCUGGUGUGCGUGUGUCUGUGUGCAUGUGCGCUCGCGGGUGCGUGUGUGGCGCUCUGUUGUUGCGUGUAUGAACAGGUGCAUGUGUAACAGCAUGCGUCUCUGUGACCUUUUUGCUUGUGGUCGUGUGUGUGUGUGUGUGGGCGGGCGUGUUUGUAGGUGAGUGCGCGUGAGUGCUUUUUGUGCGCAAGUACAUUUGUAUGAGUGUGAGUAUAUAUGUUCCUUGUGCAUGUUUGCAUCAGCAUGUUUAUUGCCGUUUGUCACGUACAGGUCUCUGCUACAGGCUAAACACAAUUAUGCAUCAGCUGUGGAGUUAUGGGGAAAAAAUAUAUUUUUUUCUUGCUCAAUGUCACCCUCUUGUGGACCUUUGUGGAUGUGCACCUGGAAUGAAUUGAUCUUUUUUGUGCCAUAAUGGUGUUCGGCGUUAUUACACUCACUGUCAAUGCUCCUGUCAGUAGAGGAAGAGCGACAAUCACGUCAGUGGAGUGGUGGGGUUUGGAAAAGGGAAAGGUUGUUGCUGUACAUUUUUU